AGCCAUUUUGUGCCCCCCCCCCAUGAGAUCCCAUCAGCAGCUACACAGACGCGUUUCUUCCAGCUCCGACGCUUUGGCACAAAAAAGAAAAGAAAAGGAGAGAAAGGGGGGGUUUGGGGGAGCUCGCUGUUUUCCCAACCCUGCUCGCCCCCCCUCCCCCGAAAAGAUCCGGGAUCAGAGAGGAUCUGCUGAGGCCCUGAUCCAAAAUGCACAGAACCACCAGGAUAAAGAUCACUGAGCUGAAUCCCCACUUGAUGUGUGCUUUGUGCGGCGGCUACUUCAUAGAUGCAACCACCAUAGUGGAAUGUUUACACUCCUUCUGUAAAACCUGCAUCGUCCGCUACCUGGAGACCAACAAAUACUGUCCCAUGUGUGAUGUCCAGGUGCAUAAAACCAGGCCUCUGCUCAGCAUCAGGUCUGACAAAACCUUACAAGACAUAGUGUACAAACUGGUCCCUGGGCUUUUCAAAGAUGAAAUGAAGAGACGGCGUGACUUCUAUGCAGCCUACCCCAUGGCAGACGUUCCCAAUGGGUCUAAUGAGGAUCGUGGGGAAGUUUCCGAACAAGACAAAGGGAACCUGACAGAUGAUGAAAUUGUCAGCUUAUCCAUCGAGUUUUACGAAGGAAUGAGAGAUGAAAAGAAAGGGACGAUUGAAAACGGGGAUGCGGAGAAGGAAAAGAAGAACGGUGUAAGGUUCCUCCGGUGUCCUGCUGCCAUGACAGUCAUGCAUCUGGCUAAAUUUCUCCGCAAUAAGAUGGAUGUUCCCAGCAAGUACAAAGUGGAAGUUCUCUACGAAGACGAACCUUUAAAGGAAUAUUACACGCUUAUGGACAUUGCCUAUAUCUAUCCUUGGAGAAGGAAUGGGCCUCUCCCUUUGAAAUACCGAGUGCAGCCAGCUUGCAAGAGACUAAAACUGUCCCAGCCUGCAAACUCUGAAUGCACCAACACCAGCGGCGCAUCCGAGUGCGAAUCCGUCAGCGACAAAGCCAACAGCCCGGCCACCUUGCCCGCCACCUCCUCGUCCCUGCCAAGCCCUGCCACACCUUCCCACGGGUCGCCCAGCUCCAACACCACCACGAUAAGCAUCCCUGCCAACCCCGGCACCAUACUCAAUGGCACCUCGAACUGCCACCAAAUGCCACCCUCCGCCAGCAGGGGGCGCAAAAUGACUGUGAAUGGCAGCACAGCAUCCGCCUUGACCUAGAAGGGACCCCUUGGGCAUGACUUUCCAUUUUAUAUAUAAAUAUAUAUGUGUAUAUAGGAAAAAAAUUAUACAUACUUAUUUUCUAUUGAUUGACCAGAUUAAUUUAAAAUGCAAACAACAGACACAAAAUGUGGUUGAGUAUUUUUUAAUGUUUUUGUUUUUUUUUUAAACUUUAUGGAACUUGCAUGCUAUGAGCCCAAGUUUAGGUAAAAGCUGCAGCCCCUUCAUUUUCUAUACCUUCCGUCACCCCAGGAGCUAAUGGACUCACUAGUAGUGGACACACAGGUAAUGGCAAAGCACAUGGACCGAAAGCCUCAAUCCUCAGUGUAAAUGCAUUUGUGGUUCUGUCACUUUCUUCCAAAAGGAUGAGGCUUGUCCAGGCAUUUCUUAAGAGUCACGUCUGAUGUCAUGCUUGUGUCAGCCUCCCCUACCCCCUUUCCUGACUGGUUUAGGGAUGAAGAACCUAAAAGCAGGUGUUGAGUGUUUUGUGCAUAUGGACAGGAAGGAAGUGGGGCUUAGAGCUUUGUAAAUCCUGCAGUUCUUCCACAAUCCAAACUUCCAUGGACUUUAAGUCAGAGGCUUGCCUGGAGUUAGGGCCAUUGGCAAAAGUUUUCAAAAGUACCUAAAUAAUUUAGGAGCCCCAGUUCCACUGAAAGUCAAUGACCUAUGUGAUUUAGGAGCCCAAAUGACUGUGGUGCCUUUGAAAAUGUUACCCAUAGGGUGUUAUGUCCAGAGCAGCCUAGGGGAUUUAGACACAUCUUCCAUUAAUUUAAAGGGAAGAGUUUGGUCUGAUUCCUCCUCCACCCUCAAGACUGCAUACAGGCCCAGCGGAAGCCAGCAAGAGUGUUGGGCACCUCUGAAAAUCAGGUCCCGUGAAUCACAUUUUUCAAAAGAAGUCAGGGCCAGACUUCUGGGAACAUGCUGAAGUGUGUUGUUUCCCUCCCUCUAAAUCUUGCCUGUAUGGAUCUACAUCCCCUAUCCUGCUUUAAAUUUCUCAGCCAGAGGCUCCUUCCCUGGCUCCCUUUAGAAUGACAGUUUUUCCCACUGCCUUGUUGCAAUGUCUUAUCUGAUCAUCUUAAUCACUGGGUAAUCUCCAAAGAGAAUUUCCAUCCCUCUGUAAAUACAUCCCUGCUCCUGUCUUCACUUCAUUUCUGUGCAGUGGGGCAGGAAGGGGGAGAGAUCUCAGCUUUAAGGGCCACCAAAGCACAUCCCACUUGGAGGUGGUCUUGGCGAAGGGAUCUAAAGAACCCAGGAACUGGCUUUCAAAAGGAUGUGGCUUUGUCUCCCCCAUGUAAAAUUUUCUUCUCCUUUGCAGAGUAGCUUUCUGACUAUUUGAGGCUUCGAUCCUGCAAAGAUUUAAGCAUGUGCUAACUUGACACACUCCAAGCAGUUCCAUUUAUUAAGCAUGUGCCUUAAAGGUGGAAUGUUCAAGAGAAUCUAGGCAAUUUAAGAGCACAAGUCAUUGAUUUCCCCCCACUCCGCCGCAACCCCAAAGGAGGCCAAGGGAUCUAGCCCCUCAUGUCAACAGAAGUUGGGAACCUCUCCUGGGCUCCUUAGUCAUUUAGGGCUCUUUUGAAAAAUCCCGCUCAGACUUUGCAGGAAGGAGGCUUUAAGUAACCAACACCACCUUCAGAACAGGUAGUGCUCACUCAUUGGACCCAUAACAGCAUUUCAUGUAGACUCAACAUUCAUGAGCAUGAAAUAAUGUGAUUGGGUGGGAAAGGAAGAGAAUUAAGGCCUAUCCCACCCAGGAAACCAGCGUUUCAGUCCUUCCACGGUGGUGAUGGUUACCAGGAGUGUGGUUUCUUUGGUGGGGUGGCCAGAGAUGAUGCUAAAAUGAAGAACCAAUGUAUUUCCCCAUCACUCUGCUCUUCAUUUCUUCCUCCUCAAUAGCUCCUUGCUUGCUAAAAAGAUUAAAUUUAGCAUUUCAAAGCUUCAUUUUAGUUCAACCCUGUCCCACCAUCUCCCCUUCAUCCUCCUCAUGCUGGAUUUAAAAAAAUACAGUGCCUUUAGAAAGGUGGUUUGUUUGUGAAGGGGACAGGGUCAAAAAAAAAAAAGGGGGGGGGGGAAGGUUACUAUGUUUUCUUUAAAAGGCACGUAGCUUUAUAGUGUGUGGUGCUGCAUUUUGCUUACAUCUUGUUAUGAAAUUGUCCCCGUGCAGGGGGGGAAAAAACGCACAGGUCCCAUUGCAGAUAAUUCUCUUGCAUCAUCCCCUAAAGCUUUCCUUUCAAGCCACAGUGAUACUUUUUCUUUAAGGCAGGGGUGUGAGCAGGGGUGGCUCCAGGCACCAGCAUGCCAAGUGUGUGCUUGGGGCGGCAAGCUGUGGGGGGGACGCUGCCGGGAGGAAGGUCCGCCGAAGCCGCGGGACCAGCGGACCCUCCGCCGGCAAGCUGCCGAAGGCAACCUGCCUGCCGUGCUUGGGGAGGCAAAAUGCCUAGAGCCUCCCCUGGGUCUGAGUUAGAGAGCGGGGGCGGGGGGGGGGGAGGGAAGUGUCUGCAUUCUCAGAAGCACAUGUUCUCUUGGGCCUCAAAAAGCUUAUUCCCCUUAUUUUUUAUUUAUUAAUUCAUUCCACCAGGACUGAGUAAGUGCCUGCAGAUCCCAGGAACAGGAAAAUUCCUGCAGGAGACAGGGAAGACUCAAGCUGCUAGAAAGGAACUGGGGUUUUCUCUGCAGGGGCUCCGUGUCGAGUGGGUGGGAAAUCUUGAAGGCGUACGGAGACCGACAGGCGUGGGGAAGGGAACUGCGUCUACAGAGCCUGACUCCACAAGGUCAGCAAACAUGGAUUUAAAAACAAAAGCACUAAAGUAUUCUCCCAAAGAACGGAGAGGUGUCUUGGCUGGGAAGAGCCAGCAUGAGCAGAGAGCCCUCUGUGCAAGUCAUGCAUGGUAAGGCUCUAGGAAGCUGGGUAGGUUACAGUUCAAGGACUUUCUUCCUCAGAAUGCUGCGUAGGGAGAGGUCUCCACUGGGAGGCAAUAAUCGGUGCUAGGCAGUUCAGUGUAGGGCGAACUGGUUAACGCUGAAUUAGGCGGGGCUCGGGACCUUAACUUCUUAGAAACCUUUGAGAACAUUAUCCCCAGCAAGAACGAGGGAUCUGAUGAGCGAAGAGAACAUUCACUUUUUUUUGGAGGUGGAGGAUGGGUGGGCCAUCCGAAUUUCCCAUGGAAGCAGCCAAAGUGGGCAGAACACGUCUUCGGUUGGGUCAUGGUGGGCAGGGUAUGUGUGGGGGAAAUAAGGUGCAAUUUGCAUGUAUUGAAGAUGGCUCCCUUCUCCCUGCAUUGUCUCAUGGGAGGAGAAGGCACCCAGGUCAACUGCAGGGUAAAGACACGUAAAAGCUGCCAUUGUUCUAUUAGUCUUUCCCAUUUCUGUUUCUUCCCCUUCUAUUGGCUGGUGCUGGACUGCGAGCUCAAUAGUGUCUCAUGAGGCUUCACGGGUUGAAAAUAUUCCCCAGACUUUGGUAUCCCUUCUCCUUGUACAUAGGCCACAAUGGACUAAAUGAGGCACUUCCACUGCCUCAAUUGGGGGGGUUUGUCCCCCCUCCCUCCAAUAUGGUAAAAACCAAAUUGCUCUGUAUGUUUGCAUCCUGUAUGAUGUUUUAAUGUCCAGUAAUAUAUUUGGAUAUUCAUAUAUCGUUAUUGGUUAAACAUUUGUAUAACUAUACAGCUUUGUAAAUGUAAUAAAUGCUGCAGAUUGUCCUUCAACUUGUCUGUGUGU